AUGAAGGUGCAGUGCGACGUUUGUGAGAGGGCGGAGGCGACGAUGCUGUGCUGCGCCGACGAGGCGGCGCUGUGCGAGCGAUGCGACAAGAAGGUGCACGCGGCCAACAAGCUCGCCGGGAAGCACCAGCGGGUGGCCCUCCUCGCCCAGUCCUCCUCCCACAGCCCCAACUGCGAUAUCUGCCAGGUGACAGUCUCUUCCCCGCAUCCAUCUAUCUCCCUUACUCUUUCUUAUUAUUAUUACCAUCAUCAACGAGAGAGAGAGAGAUCCCUCCGACCUCCACCCGCCGUUGGGAUAUUUAUUCUGCGUCCAGACCUUCGGCGCCGCUGUUCGGAGCGGGUGGUGGGAUCAUCUUCCUCAGGCUCUAACUUCCACAGCAAGGGACAGCUGUCGUCUGCUGGCGGCAAAAAACACCUAAACCUGAGAGAAUGCUUCCCCCCUUCCCCUCCGAUUUCACAUGGGCCCCCCCCCCCCUCAUUCUUCUCUCUCUUGCACCCUCUCUCUCUCUUCACUUGGGUAGGGUGGGUUUCCGUCGCAACAGGCUCUUAGUGGCCACGGUAAGUCAACGUACCAGGUGGUAUUAGGGUUUGGUGGUGGUGGGUUGAGGAGGGGGUAGAUCCAAUCCAAGGAGGUGCAAGAAAUUACGUCUUGAUUUGCUUUGCGCCGCCUCCAUGGUGAGCGGAAGAACUUAGCUGAGAGGUCUCUUCUUCCUCCGUCUCUCCAGGAGAGGGUGGGUUACUUCUUCUGCUUGGAGGACCGGGCGCUGCUCUGCCGGCACUGCGACGUCGCCGUCCACGUAGCGAGCCCGCACUCGUCGUCGCACCAGCGGUUCCUCAUCACCGGCGUGCGGGUCGCUCUCCAGCCCUCCCCUGCCGGCGGCGGAAGCGGCGACAGAAGCGGCGGCGCCACCAGCAACGGCAGCAUGGCCUCCGACUCGCCGGCGUCCAACUCCUCGCCGGAGAAGAAGCGCUUCCGGGCGGCGGCAGCGGCGGCGGCGGAGCCGCCUCUGGGGCUCCCCCCGGAAGUAGCAGCGGAGGGCGGCGUCAGAUCCCAGUGCCCGUGGGCCGAGCUCCUCGCCACCGGCGACCUCGAUCAGUACUGCUACGGCCUCUCCUCGGAGCCGGGCUCCUCCUUGGCCGACAGCCAUUGA